AUGCGGGCUCGUUCAAUCUUGCGCCGUCUCGAGUCACCGGCUAGCGUCUUCUCCCGCCCACAGAUCGGACCCUGCGGCAUUCGACCCCAGUUCCCUCUACCGCGCCCAAUCUCCACACGCCCGCAGCCAAGCGAGUCCUCUUCUUUCUGGAUUACUAUCACUCUCCUGGCCAUUGGAGGCGGCGCCUGUCUCCAUCAAUCUCUCUCCCCCUCUGCCGAUCCUCUCCCCUCGUCCCGACCACCACAGCAGGAGCCGUUCCUCGGUAUCAUUGAUACGCUCCGCACCAUGCCCAUCGAACCCGCCCCGGGUACCGUCGGAACCCUGACCCCCGAGCAGGAGGCCAAGCUGCAGGAGUUCUGGGUCUUGACUCUGAAGGUGUUUGGCGUCAACAUCGAGACCCUCGAGGCCGAGGCCAAGAGCAGCGCCAGCAACGCCGCCGCAGCCCCGCCCGCAGAUAAGAAGAAGUCCGCCAAACGAGGAUGGGGUCUAUUCCGUUCCACGGGAGAUGAGAAAAGCGAGACUUCGAGCACAUCUCAGGCGAGUGAGAUCACAUCAGGCCUCGCCUCGAUUAGCAUCACCGAUGGCGACGACAAGUACGGACAAUCCAAGGAGUUCCAGCAGGCGCUAGAGGACAUGUCACCGGAAGAGAUCAGAACCGCCUUCUGGAAUAUGGUCAAGCACGACAACCCCGACGCGCUGCUUCUGCGAUUCCUGCGUGCGCGGAAAUGGGAUGUCAAGAAGGCACUGAUCAUGCUCAUUUCUACCAUGCGCUGGCGUCUUCAAGACGUGCACGUUGACGAUGACAUCAUGGCCAAUGGCGAGGCCCUGGCUUUGAAGCAGUCCAAGUCAUCUGAUCCCACCGAGAAGAAGAAGGGCGACGAGUUUCUUCACCAGCUGCGCAUGGGCAAGAGCUUCCUCCACGGUGUGGACCGGUUGGGUCGGCCUAUCUGUGUGGUACGCGUGCGUCUGCAUCGAGCCAGUGAGCAAGAUCCCGAAUCCCUCGAGCGAUUCACGGUCUAUACAAUUGAGACGGCCCGGCUGCUGCUGGCUCCACCGGUGGAAACAGCGACUAUUAUUUUUGAUAUGACCGACUUUUCUCUUCAGAACAUGGACUACACGCCCGUCAAGUUCAUGAUCAAGUGUUUCGAGGCCAACUACCCCGAAUCAUUAGGAACGGUCUUGAUCCACAAAGCGCCCUGGGUGUUUUCCAGCAUUUGGAGCAUCAUCAAGGGGUGGCUAGAUCCCGUCGUUGCUGCGAAGAUUCAUUUCACCAAGAACCGGGAAGAUUUGGAAGCCUUCAUUCCCCCCGACCGCAUUACGAAGGAACUCGACGGGGACGAGAACUGGGAGUAUAAAUACCUAGAAAUCGAGGAGGGAGAGAAUAGUAAAAUGGAAGACACCGAGACUCGCGACAAGCUGCUUGCCGAGCGCCAGGCUCUCGCGAAGGAGAUCCAGGAUAUCACGAUUGAAUGGAUCCGAGCCAGCUUCAAGAAGGAGCCUGAGGCGAUCUCCGCUGCAAAGGAGAAACGCCAGACCUUGGUGGAGCAGCUGCGCAAGCAGUACUGGGUGCUGGACCCGUACAUUCGAGCUCGCUCGCUCUAUGAUCGACUCAACAUCGUGCAGGGCGAGGGCAAGAUUGAAUUCUACCCAGGCGCUGAUAAGGCUGACAAGGCUGACAAGGCCUAG